GAGAUUUCACCAUCCGCGGCUGACAUCCUACUCAUUCAAUUACUGUAAUUCUAUCUAUUUCUCCAUCUUCAGUAAAAAAGUAUCGUUAAAUCUGACGAAUAAUUCAUUAACGAAAGCUUAUAUUCGACAACUAAAAUACUUAACAGUGACCUCAAAAUAUUAUGCAAUUUUCUAUUCCGAUAUUUACUGCUUAUUUCUCAUUAUAAAGUAAAAUUCAAAAGGUACAAAAAAUCGGAUUCAAAUGAUAAAUAUACUUGUUUCUUUACUUAACCAUUUUGUCUAAUUAAGCAUCGUGUUAUAUUAAAAUGUGACGAAACGUUUCAUUGCCUACUUUGAAUGGCAAUAUUUAUAAAACAGAAUUAAAUUUCGUUCGCGGUUAGUACGAACAUUCAAAUGACGGAUAUGGUGUUUAUGUUAUCUCGAUUAGUCGAGUUACCUUCAACCUAUCGACUUUGGAAUGGCGGACAACGCUCCAGCCGCGCGUGGAGGUUUUCGUGGAGGAUUUGGCUCUCGCGGUGGUGAUCGUGGUGGUCCAAGAGGUAGAGGACGUGGAGGCAGGGGAAGAGGCCGUGGUCGUGGACGCGGUAAAGAAGACAGCAAGGAAUGGAUUCCAGUGACCAAACUUGGCCGUCUUGUUAGAGAUGGAAAAAUUGAAUCAUUGGAACAUAUUUAUCUUUUUUCAUUGCCCAUCAAAGAAUAUGAAAUAAUCGAUAAAUUUCUUGGACCUGAACUAAAAGAUGAAGUUUUGAAGAUUAUGCCUGUGCAGAAACAAACUCGAGCUGGUCAACGUACACGUUUUAAAGCUUUUGUAGCCAUCGGUGAUUACAAGGGUCAUAUUGGUUUAGGGGUAAAGUGUUCCAAAGAAGUAGCUACUGCCAUUCGUGGUGCUAUUAUUUUAGCUAAACUUUCGGUUGUACCUGUACGCCGUGGUUAUUGGGGAAACAAAAUUGGUGACCCUCAUACUGUCCCAUGCAAAGUUACAGGUAAAUGUGGAUCUGUCCAAGUGCGUUUAAUUCCAGCUCCAAGAGGUACAGGUAUUGUAUCUGCACCUGUCCCUAAAAAAUUAUUGCAAAUGGCUGGUAUCGAGGAUUGCUACACAUCAGCAAGAGGAUCAACGUGUACUCUUGGUAACUUUGCCAAAGCUACCUAUGCUGCUAUUGCCAAAACUUAUGCGUAUUUAACACCAGACCUCUGGCAUGAUCAAGCACUGAGAAAAGCACCGUAUCAAGAAUUUGCAGAUUAUUUAUCUAAGAAUCACAAAGCCAUGGGAGGACAAAGGUCCACCGAGGUUGUUUAAAAAAUAAACCUCCAUGCAAAGUUUAUACAAU